AUGAGGCGUAUUCACGUGAUUUCUUGUGGUAUUAUGGGCCUUUUGGCGCUUUUCUUUUUAGUCCAAUGUAUGGAUGCUUUCGUCUCUACCGAUAUUCUGACAAAUGAUGAUGAAUUGCAACGUCGCUCACAUGCACGUUUGCCUCUUACCAAAGACUAUUCGCUUUCUGCAAAUUCUUCAGAAUCGAGAUGCACACGGUUUCUGUACAAUGAGUCUACUGGAGCGAUAGCAGGUAAUGGUCGCGCCAUACUGGCAUUGCUCCUCACAAGUAUGCAAUAUCAUGGUGUAAAUAGGUUAAAAGAGACAUUACCUACUUGGAUGGGAAACUACUUGAUGGCACAGGGGAAUGUUGAUUUUGUACUUUUCUAUGCCUAUCCUGUAGUAACAGCUAAACAAUUGGUCGAGACUUUUGGAUUAGUUAAGGCUCAAUUGGAACAACUUAAUUCUUUUUAUAAAGAAUAUCGUGAUCUGCGCACUGAUGUUGAAGCAGAUAUUACACUAACUGCGGAGGAGUGGGAUUCACUGGGCGAUGGAUACUAUUAUUUGCCAACGACGAAACCUAUUUUUGUAUUUCGUAUUGUACCUGUAAACUUAACUUUUCCUCUUUAUAUACAAAAAAAUUGGUCGUUGCUAGAGGAUCCCACAUGGCUACGAUGUGGAUGUCCUCCAUUUUGUCCUCUGCACCGAUCACCACCUGAUUAUAUUCAAGGUACGAGAUGGUAUUCUCAUGGUAUUUUCGAUCAACCAAUAGUGCAACGUUAUAGUUUUUGGGUUAAGUUGGAUGUAGAUGUAGCUUUUUUUAGAAGUUUGGAUAAUAAUCUUGUACAUCUACUUUUGUCAAAGGGUCGUUUGCUUGGACAUACGGGUUAUACAUACAAUGGGCGUGGUUGUAGUGACGAACUACAAGAUGCUAUAAAUAAAUUUUUGACAAAACACAAUAUGCAAGGUGUAAGUGCAGGAAAAGAUUGGUGGUUAUCAGAUGAUCGAACAUACUACACUAAUUUUGUAGUGGGUUCUGUAAAUUUUUUUCUGCAUCCGCAAGUGCGAAGUUUAACAGCGUACCUUAACGAGUACUAUAACGGUUUUUUUAAACACCGAUGGACCGACCAGAGUCUUUUGCAUAAGGUUAUGGGCGUUUUCUGUGGACCUGAGGAGUCUGACUUUGCUCUUAAUUGGGAUAAUCUGCGGUGCACCAAAAAACGGACAACCCCAGACGCCGUUUUCUAUCACAGUAAACGGAAGAAGAAGAUUCGUCCGGGUCGUCCUUGUCGAAACUAG